AGUUCAUGCUUACGUUUUGACGUUCAUCCAUUAUGUAGAAUAUUUCAAUUUAUUUUUUCACUUUUACUUUUCUCUCAAUGAGUUCAUCAUAUUAUUGUAUUUGGGGUUUAUGUGAUUCAUGGCAAUAUUGUUGCGGUGAUAAUGUUUGCUGCGAUGAAACUGAUUUUAAUAUGUUACUCGUAACGAUUAUUUUUGGGAUAAUUAUCAUUAUGACGUUCUGUUGUAUUUGUUUUUAUUGCAUCUCUCGGCGAAUUUAUAUGUCUUUUCUAAAAAAAUAUUUUAAAAUUAUAUAUAUUUUAACUCAAAAAGAAUUUAAAGAAAGAGAAUGGGAAGAUAAGGUAAAUAUUGUAAUGAUUAAAGAAUCAAAAGUAGAAGAUUGCGUUGUAUAAAUAAAAACAACAAAAAUUAUAUUCCAAUAAACAUUAUACUUAUAUAUUCUA